CACGCGCUGGUGUGUAAUUGUCUUGAUUAUCUUGGGUCCCGAACAUAAGACGCCCUGUAUUACCGCUGCUAUGCGUAAGCUUGGAGCUGAUCUUUUGCGACCAAAAGCAAAAGGUAUCUGGCCUGAAGCUCGAUGCGGCGGCCGAAAAUGCUAUCAACGAAUAUGUCAUUCUACGAGCUUCCCUCUGGUCAAGACGUUGAGAAAGCGGGCCGCUUGAUCACUCACAAAAUCGUGGAAACCCCAACUAAGACUUCUAAAUUGUUAUCGGAAUACGCGUCGUCGAAUCUACCAGAACCUCCGAAUGAUGUUCCUCUCAGACCAAGUAUCGAGCUCUACUUCAAAUGCGAGAACUUUCAGUGUACCGGGUCCUUCAAAUUUCGUGGCGCCAUUCACUUUCUAGCAAAGCUUGAAGACCACGAACUCUCAAAAGGAGUAGUGGCAUAUAGCACAGGGAACCAUGCUCAAGCAGUAGCCCGUGCAGCCCAGUUAGCAUCCGAAGAGCGAAAUAUCCCGGUUCCAGCAUACGUCGUGGUUCCAGAGAACUGCUCGAGCAAGAAGAUCGACGCGGCAAAGAAGUACGGCGCGAAAGUCCUUAUAUCUGGCACGUCACCGGAGGCACGCGUUCUCCUGGCCUCCAAAGUCCAAAAGUCAACUGGAGCAACUCUUGUGCCUCCUGCGGAUCAUCUCAACAUUGCUCUUGGUCAGGCGACACUAGUUGGGGAGUUCCUGCGUCAGGUAACAGACAUGGGACACAGUCCCCUCGACGCAGUCAUCGUUCCCAGUGGAGGAGGCGGCCUGCUUGUCGGGGCCGCGGCUGUAUGCAAACCCCAGGGCGUAGCGGUGUUCGGCGCAGAGCCAGAGAAGGGUGGAGCCGGUUUAGCUGAAGGUCUACGUAAGGGUGCGCGUAACGUCGGUAUGGGACAAGGUCCUACGAUUGCUGAUGGUCUGCGCUCGCUGACUGGCGAGGCCAAUUGGGAACUAAUCAAGUGCCGAGAGAAUGUGGACCUGGUUUUUACCGCAACCGAAUCACAGAUUAGGGAGGCACUUCGACUCGCGAUUGACACAUUCGGCUUCAUCAUUGAGCCGAGUGCUGCUGUGCCCCUAGCGGUGGCCCUAUUCAACACCACCUUCCACCAGCGAAUAGCCAAGGAAAGGAGACUCGUACGAGUUGGAGUCGUUUUCACCGGAUGCAACAUCAGCGAGGAAGAGCUCCUGACAGUUCUGCCGGGAGUGUCUAUCGUUGGGGUCCAGAAUCUGGAGAGAGAAAGUUCACUGUAG